AUGGGCCAGAUGGGUGAAAGUCUGCCAGUAGGGCCAUUUAGUCUGGUGCGACGGUGUGUACACAGAGAGACGGGACAGCAGUUCGCAGUUAAGAUUGUCGAUGUGGCAAAGUUUACCUCCGCUCCUGGCCUCUCCAUCAACGAUUUGAAGAGAGAAGCGACCAUCUGUCACAUGCUCAAACAUGAACACAUCGUGGAGCUGCUGGAGACCUACUCCUCUGAAGGGAUGCUCUACAUGGUCUUUGAGUAUAUGGACGGGGCGGACCUGUGCUUCGAGAUCGUUAAGCGGGCGAUGUCUGGCUUCGUGUACAGUGAGGCAGUGGCCAGCCACUACAUGCGUCAGAUCCUGGAGGCGCUGUUGUACUGCCACGAGAACGACAUCAUCCACCGAGAUAUCAAACCUCACUGCGUCCUGCUGGCCUGUAAGGAGAACAGCGCCCCCGUCAAGCUGGGAGGUUUCGGGGUGGCCAUCCAACUGCAAGACGGAGAGCUCGUCAAUGGAGUGUAUCUCAUGGCUUCAGAAUGUUGUCGGAUAGGGACGCCACACUUCAUGAGUCCCGAGGUGGUGGAGCGACAACCUUACGGCAAGCCUGUGGACGUGUGGUCUGCCGGCGUCCUCCUCCACAUACUGCUAUCCGGCACUCUACCCUUUUAUGGCACCAAAGAACGGCUCUAUGACUCCAUAUGUCAAGCUAAGUUACAUCUCAACACGCCUACCUGGGAGAGUAUCAGUGACCAUGCCAAGGAUCUGGUCCGUAGGAUGUUGACAUUUGACCCCAACGAACGAAUCACCGUGAAGGAAGCACUCAACCACCGCUGGAUCAAGGACCGCGACAAGUACGCGUCACGGUCCCACCUGCAUUCCACGGUGGAGGAGAUGCGGAAGAUGAACGCCCGGCGGAAGCUGAAGGGUGCGGUGCUGGCGGCUGUGUCGUCCCCUCGAUGGACCAGCUUCUACAGCGACCCCACCCUCGACCCCUAUCCGGAGCUUCCCGCCGAUGACGACGUGUGCAGCACCGGAGCAGUAAGCGUGGUGCUGGACUCACUGGACGACAUCCAGUGCCUGCAGGAGUGUCCUGUCAAGGACCGCGACUUCCUUCUCUCCGUCCUAGAAGACACGCAGCUCCACGCCCUCCUUGACAGAUGGACACCUGGUGGAUGGAUCUUGCGCCGCCAUACUAAGAGUGAAUCCCGCUAA